CAAUAUAAAGUGCUCUGUCAACUAUGUAUUACUUACACACCAUAAUAUUGUUGCUACCUUAUUUGAUAGAACCAAACAACAAGUUAAUAGACCUAAAGUAAGACAACAAGACUAGUCUCCCAACCAGUUUUUUUCUUUUUUAAAGCGAAGACGGAAGUGCACAGAUAUGAAUCAUCUUGUAUCUCCUGAUGUCAGUUACAGUCGUGAAGCGUCCAGGGGUUGGGGUCGGGGUGCUGGUCACAGAUUCAGCCCAUCCAGGCUGUGUUCUCCUGGGGAAACGGAAAAGUGCAAUGGGCAAAGGGACGUACCAGCUCCCCGGUGGCCACCUGGAGUUUGGAGAGUCGUGGGAGGAGUGUGCUCACAGAGAGGUGUUGGAGGAAGCAGGGGUGCAUUUGGUGAACGUCAGCUUCGCGUCAGUGGUGAACUCCAUCAGACUGGAGGAGCAGUACCACUACGUCACCAUCAUCAUGCAAGGAGUACUGGACAGGGAGCAGUCAGGAGAACCAGAGAACCUGGAACCAGAGAAGAACGAAGGCUGGAAGUGGACGCAGUGGGACCAGUUUCCUCCUGAGGAGCAGCUGUUCCUGCCUCUAGCUGGUCUGAGACAACAAGGCUUCCAGCCGUUCAAGAACUCAAACAAACACUGAAACUGCCUGUUACACUGGGAAACUUUCCUCAUCCUCAAAGGAUAAAACAGACAUACCUCUUUAAAGUGUGCAUCAGUGGUUGCUCUACUUAUCUGCUUUUUCCCCAGUUAUGUUUUUCUGUUAUGAUACAUGCUGUCAUUUUUGCCAAUAUUAUAAACUGUUACAAUUACA